AUGGAAAACACAGCAAAACUAAAUAAAAAAGAUAUCCAAGAUGGGCCGCCAAAAGAAGUCAAACUGCCUGCCAGUGAAGCUCUUCUGUACUAUCAUUGUCAAAUAAAGGAAACCGCAGUAGAACGAUUCAUGGUUCAAUUAAAGAAACUCAGAGAAAAGAACCAAAAGUAUCAUGAUCGAAAUAAACGCUUAAAGGAUGAACAGGUUUGGCACAUACAGAACCUACUAAAGGAACUCAGUGAAGAUAAGUCAACAGGAGCAUCAAUUAUAACACGAGAGAAUGUUGAAGAAGCAAUGAAGGAAAAAUGGAAGUUUGAAAGAGACCAGGAAAAAAAUUUGAAAGAUAUGCGCAUGCAAAUAAGUAACGCUGAGAAACUGUUUCUUGAGAAACUCAGUGAGAAGGAAUAUUGGGAAGAAUAUAAGAAAGUAGGGAAUGAACAGCAUGCUAAACACAUUGUAUCCUUAGAGAAUGACAUCAAGACAGUUAAAGACAAUGCAAGGAAAAUGUCAGAACAGUAUAAAAUCACUCUGGAAGAUGCAAGAAAGAGAAUAAUCAAAGAUACUUUGUUCCAACUGGACCAAAAGAAGGAAUGGGCUGCACAGAUUGCAGUUCACAGAAAGGAAGUUGAAGAACUGGAAAAUGCCAUUCAUAAACUGGAAGAAGAAAAUUUGGUACUUUUGGAUCAAUUAUUCAACUGUAGACUUGUGGAUCUCAACAUAUCCAGGAAGCUGUUUCUUACUCAAGCUGCUGGACAGCAAAUACCACCUGAAGAAACUGCUUGGGAGUUUCCAGAUAUACUUAAUGAAGCAAAGUUAAAGUUACAACAGGAACAAUUAAAAAGCAAAGACAUGAUAAGUUCACCCAGUGAGGGCAGUGCUUCACCUGUUAGUCAUGAGGAAAGCAUCAGAGAGAUCCAUUUGAAUAUAGAUGAAGAAGAUGACUCAUACACAGAGUUUGGAGCCUCUGAAAUGAAAUACUUACUAUAUGAAGAUGAGCAUGAUUUCAAGGAUUAUGUAAACUUGGGCCCCUUGGAAACGAAGCUCAUGACUGUGGAGAGCAAGAAAAUGCCCAUUCAUUUUCAAGAGAAGGAAACUCCAGACACAUUCUAUGAAGAUGUCAGCAGUCCACAAAGACUCAUCACAUAUAGGAUGGUGAAGUCUUUUCUCUAA